AUGGCAGCGAACUCUGCUGCCUACGAAGCGAUCGUUCGAGCAGGUCCUCGUCUAAACCAGCUUCAACAGGCUCACGCGCACCUCAUCGUCACUGGGUAUGGUCAGAGCCGGAGUCUCUUGACAAAGCUCAUCACUUUCGCUUGUUCCGCUCGAGCCAUCGCUUACACUCAUCUUCUCUUCCUCUCCGUUCCUCUUCCCGACGAAUUCCUCUUCAAUUCCAUCAUCAAAUCGACCUCCAAGUUGCGUUUACCUUUAGAUUGCGUUGCUUACUACCGUCGUAUGAUAUCUUCUAACGUCUCUCCGACUAACUACACUUUUACCUCCGUGAUCAAGUCCUGCGCCGAUCUCUCCGCCUCGAGAAUCGGAAAAGGAGUUCAUUGCCACGCUCUGGUUUCUGGGUUUGGGCUGGAUACUUAUGUGCAAGCAGCUUUCGUGACGUUUUACUCAAAGUGUGGAGAUUUGAGAGCUGCACGCAAAGUGUUCGAUAGAAUGCCUGAGAAGUCGAUUGUGGCGUGGAAUUCGUUGAUUUCCGGUUUAGAGCAAAAUGGGUUGGGAGAGGAAGCGAUUCGUGUGUUCAAUCAGAUGCGAGAGUCACCAGAUUCAGCGACAUUUGUGAGUGUUUUAUCGGCUUGUGCACAAACCGGUGCGAUUGGUUUAGGCUCUUGGGUGCAUGAGUACAUUGUCCGUGAAGGUCUUGACUUGAAUGUUAAACUCGGUACUGCGUUGAUCAACUUGUAUUCUAGGUGCGGUGAUGUUGGGAAAGCUCGAGAAGUGUUUGAGAAGAUGAAAGAAACUAAUGUGGCUGCUUGGACCGCAAUGAUCUCUGCUUAUGGGACUCAUGGAGAUGGCAAAGAAGCAGUGGAUUUGUUUAACAAAAUGGAGGAAGAUUACGGUCCAGUCCCUAAUGAUGUAACAUUUGUAGCUGUUUUAUCGGCUUGUGCUCAUGCUGGACUCGUUGAGGAAGGACGUUCGGUGUACAAGAGAAUGAGUGAUAGUUAUGGAUUGGUUCCAAAAGUGGAGCAUCAUGUUUGUAUGGUGGAUUUGCUUGGACGGGCUGGGUUUCUGGAUGAAGCUUAUGGAUUUAUACAUCAUCUUGAUGGUAUAGGGAAAGCAACUUCUCCAGCGUUGUGGACAGCGAUGCUUGGAGCUUGCAAGAUGCAUAGGAACUAUGAUCUCGGUGUAGAAAUCGCCAAGCGGCUCAUAGACCUCGAGCCGGAGAACCCUGGCCAUCAUGUCAUGUUAUCGAAUAUCUAUGCUUUGAGAGGCAAAACAGAUGAAGUAUCACAUGUAAGAGAUGGAAUGAUGAGGAAUAACCUUAGGAAACAGGUAGGGUAUAGUGUGAUUGAAGUCGAAAACAGGACGUAUAUGUUCAGUAUAGGUGAUGAGUCUCAUCAAGAGACUGGAGAGAUUUAUCGGUAUCUGGAAACUUUGAUGAGCCGGUGCAAGGAAAUUGGGUAUGCACCGGUGUCUGAAGCGGUGAUGCACCAAGUAGAGGAAGAGGAAAAAGAGUACGCACUUCGUUACCACAGCGAGAAGCUUGCUGUAGCAUUCGGGUUGUUGAAAACUGUGGACGUAGCUGUAACGGUUGUGAAGAAUCUGCGGAUAUGUGAGGAUUGUCAUUCUGCGUUCAAGUAUAUUUCUGUUGUAUCCAAUAGGCAGAUCAUUGUGCGUGAUAAGCUUCGGUUCCACCAUUUCCAAAAUGGUUCUUGUUCAUGUAUGGACUAUUGGUAA